AGCUAUGUCAAGAGGAAAGCGACACCAGCUCCCAGGUGCCCUGCACAGAUCCAGGCUGUGCUUGGCCCUAGUGCUUCUGGUCCUGGGGGCCGUGUGGGCCCAGGAGGGUUCUGAGCCUGUUCUGCUGGAGGGGGAAUGCCUGGUGGUCUGUGAGCCUGGCCGAGCUGCAGCAGGGGGGCCUGGAGGUGCAGCCCUGGGAGAGGCACCCCCUGGACGAGUGGCAUUCGCUGCGGUCCGGAGCCACCACCACGAGCCAGCUGGGGAGACUGGAAAUGGCACCACUGGGGCCAUCUACUUUGACCAGGUCCUGGUAAAUGAGGGCGGUGGCUUUGACCGGGCCUCGGGCUCCUUUGUGGCCCCUGUCCGAGGAGUCUACAGCUUCCGGUUCCAUGUGGUGAAGGUGUACAACCGCCAGACUGUGCAGGUGAGCCUGAUGCUGAACACAUGGCCUGUCAUCUCAGCCUUUGCCAACGACCCUGAUGUGACCCGGGAGGCAGCUACCAGCUCUGUGCUGCUGCCCCUGGACCCUGGGGACCGGGUGUCCCUGCGCCUGCGUCGGGGGAACCUGCUGGGUGGCUGGAAAUACUCAAGCUUCUCUGGCUUCCUCAUCUUCCCACUCUGAAAGCCCACUCUUCCAACCCCUGGCCCACUGCCUUCUGCCCUCCCCUGCCCCAGAAACAGCAUCUUUGGGGCAGGAGCCUCCCUCAGGCUGCUCCGUAUUCCACCUCCCUGCAUGGGACUGUGUGCCAAACACCCAAGGUUAAGAUGGUGCUGGGGCAUCUCCAGACCUGGCACUUGUCACGCACCCACCCAGCCCCCAGUGGCUCUCCCCACCUCCCUCUGCAGCCCUUCCUGCCUGCAGCCCCAGGAGCUGGGCCGUGUUUGGCAAAAAGGGAGACCUGCACUGCUUUGCAGUCUCUGUUCCUCCUGUUCCCGCACCCCAACUUCCUGCUGAGUGCUAUUCAGAGACAGGUGGUACAGGUGAGCCUGACAGGCCCCCACAGGGGCCCAGAUGGAGCAGCCCUGACUCCUUCCUGUGAGGAGUGCCAGCACUGCGAUCUCGGCCAGCACCAUCAGAAGCUGAGCCAGAGUAUGCGCUAGGGCGGGAGACUCAGAGGCAAGCAGAAGUGGGGGAGACCCACAAAGCAGCCGGAGCCUGUGACUGGUGAGGCACGAAGGGGGCAUACAUGUAGCAUGAACAUGGCACACGUUCUGCAUGUCUGUUGGGGCAGCCAGUGGGCAGAGAUCCCGGCCAUCCAUCUGUACUAAUUCCCAGAUGGACUGUCCCUCAUCUCUUUGCCUGAGACUUGGGUGUGUGUGUUUGCUCUGGCCAACAGCAGGUGUAUGGAGUUAAAGGUGGGGGUAGCAGGUCAUCUGUGUGCCAUGGAACUUAUCAGUGACCCUGCAUCCCCUUGCUGGGCCACCUCCUAGAAUGUCUCCAUCUUUGAAGCCUGAACUUCAGUCACUCCAACUCUGAGUGCCACCUCUUUCCUGCCAGCUCUCUCUCGCCCACCUUCACUGGACCUGUUUCAAUCUUUCUCCACGUCUCUUUUCUUUCUCCUCAUCCAUGCUUAUCCUCCCUAUAAGCUUCCUGGGAUCUCGUGAUUCAUGAGAUCAACCACUUUGCUACCAGCAUCAAAAUCAAUCUCUCUCUCUCCUCUCUCUCUUUAUCUCUGUCUCUCUCUCCCACACCCUCUCUUUCUUAUCCCACUGGUCCAUCAUAGAUGAAUCUAUCUCUAAAGUAACAGAGUGGCAGUCAAUGAGACAGUAUAAGAUCACUGGAGAGAGAAGGUGUGAUUACAGUUUGAAUCAAGGGUUAUGGGAUACAAGCAGGUAUGCUGUGUGGAAAACAAAGGUGAAACUGUAUUAUAGCCAAAUCAAAAAGGUAUUUAGUAAUAUAUGAGUUAAAUGGGAAACACUAAUGUGAAUUUGUGAUGUUAAAAAGAAAUAACUUUUUCUUUCACCAUUGGGCCAUAGUUUGUGACUAGGAAGAAUAGUUUAAGCAAGAGAGGAGGUUAUUUCUGUCUCACAUACAAGAGUCUGCAGAGAGUCCAGGAAUAGAUGGCAGUUUUAUGAUCAACAAAGCCCAGUCUCCCCCUUUGCUGUUCUACCAGCUUUCACAUGCCAACUCGUGACCCAAGAUGGCUCCUUCAGCUCCAGCUAUUACAUCAGCCCAACAGGCAACAGAAAGGAGGAAAGAAGAAAGAGCACACCUCUUUCCUUUAAAGCUUUCUCAAAGUUGGACCCAGCAUUUCUGAUGGCAUGAUAUUGGCUACACUUUAAUCACAUCUGGCCAUACCAAUUCAGGAAAAGGCUAGGAAACACCGUCUUUUAUGCAGGCAGCCAUUGUCUAUGCAGCUAAGAUGCAAGAGUCUUAUAAGGAAGAAAGGGAGAUUAGAUGUUGGGAAUGACAGCUACACAUUUUUCAAAAUGCAAACAGGACAGAUCAGUUUGUAAAUAAUGAUAGGCAAGUUACUCUAUUACGUUUCAUUUGCUGUGUAGCAAAUUCCCACAAAUUUGGUGACUUAAAACAACACCUAAUUAUUAUCUCACAGCUUCUAAAGAUCAAAAGUCCAGCAGAGCACGACUGGGUUCCCUGUUCAGGGUGUCACAAGGUCAAAAGCAAGGUGUAGGCAGAGUUGGAGGCUAAGAAUCCACUUCCAAACUCGUUUAAGUUUAGUUCCUUAUGGUUGUAGCACUGAGGUCUCUAGCUCACUCCAUCCUGCAGCUGACACCAGUGGGCCAAGUCACUCCAAAGCUACCAGUCUCUCAGGCCUUCCCUCCUGCCCUCUGAAGUCACAUUUCUCUGACUUUGGUGAGACAUUCUCUGAGUUAAGAAUUCAUGUGGUUAGAUGGGGCCCACCAAGUUAAUCCAAGAUAAUCUCCCCGUUACCUGGAUUAUGUAUAGUUCCUUUGGACAUACUAACACUCUCACAAGUUCUAGGAAUUAGGACAUGUAUAUGUCUGAGACCUUUGCAUAUCAUAGUCAUCAGACUUAGAGAUGACAUCACAUAAAGAAGCACCAGUACAAUACACUAAAUGCAUGGAAAAUGUGCAGACUUGAAAAAUCCCUAUGAUACAGAGGAUAAAUACCAGCUUGGGUUUUCAUCACUCUAGAAACGGAACUAAUUCCCAGAUUCCCAGCCAGGAAUUCACUGAUUAAUAAUCCAAAGCUUUAUGUGCCCUGAAGUAGUGUUUUCCUUUUGGAUAUACCAAUUCAAAAAUUGAUCUGCACCGAGAUGUGUUCAUCUCUUGGGUCUACAAAUCCAUGUUUAUAAUGGCCUUAGGUAUAGGUGUCAUACAUUCUAUAGUCCUUGCAUUAAUGCGUGCAUUUUACCAAAAUGCUUGAAGCUUUUAGAGAAGCUGACAUGGGACAGACGAUUCUACUGAAGUAUUUCGGAAGAUUUGAUUAAGUUUGCAAUCAGUGUUUGCCUUGUAAAAUAUAUAGGUCUUGAUUGAUUGGUUAUAUAAAUAGUGACUAAAUAUUUAGACAGUUUUUGCCUAAGUAGGCUUGUAAAGUUGAUUAAACAAUAAGUAAAACACAGGUGUUAGUGUGUGUUCCUCUGCAGCUACCAUAGAUCCUCAGACAUUAAAGACCUUAAGAAUCGAACCCAACUGUGCACCUUCCCUGUGCCCACACCCUGGCAGAGAAAAGUCCUCGGGAUGAAGGACCCACUAUGGACCUGAAACCAGCCACGCCUGAUCCCCAAUACUCCAAUUCUCCUCUGGUUUCCUUUGCCAGUUUCUUUCCUCAUUCACCCCAGGAUCCAGCUGCAGUUCUGUUCUGUCCUUCAUGAACCCUGGCCCCACCAACUCGGCCCCCCUGAGCCCCCAGCCAACUCCCACCUGCCCUCAUCCCCCACCCCUCCAUGAGCAGCACAGAACCUCUCCUACUUCUCUGAAAAACAGAAAAGCCAGGCAGGAACCAUUGCCCCAUGAACUCACCUUGCCCCCCAUGCCUGCUCCUCAUCUGGCUUAGCAGAGGGCGAAUUCCUUCUUCUAUCAGGGUGACUAUCUCCAGCAGCUGGCCACGGAUCUCCUUCGCUGCGGACAUCCUCUCGUCUUUUAUUCUCCUUGCCACUCACUCCUUCCCUUCAGAAGUUGGAGUUGAAGAGCCCAAGACUCCCCACUCUGAAAGGGAAAAGGGUGUGGAGGUAGCUACAGAUGUAGUUAACUCCAUCUGCCUGCAUAGCUCCUAAGUGUCCUCUUGCCUCCUUUGUAGAGCCACGUAUCUUAAUACAAAUGGGUUGUGCUCACCAGUUGCUCACACCUGUGAAUCACGGGUGAACUCUGGCCUCCACUGCUCCACCUAAGCUGCCCUCAGCUGAUCACCUGUGGUGUCACUAGCGUCAACUGCCCUGCCUAGUCUUCCUGCCACCUCAGGGCUCCCUGCCAUUUGACCCUGUUCCCCACACCCUCCUAGAAGCAUUCUCUGCCCCGACUUCCCACAGUGUGCCUCUUGGGCUUUGCUUCCCACUCUCUGCCCGUGUACCCUUUGUAGGACCCCCUUCCUCUGCCCAUUUGUAAAUGUUGGUUUUCCUCACAGUUCCACCCUGGAAUUUCUUCUGUCCCAACACACCUGCAGGAGCACAAAUGGCCAUCUGUGUGUUGACAGCUUCUACAUUUGUAUCUAUCCAGGGUCUCCCUCCCUAACCUCAAACUCACACGUUGGCUAUUGGCCCUCAAGUCAACAAGCUGAAAUCUGAAAUGAUAGUCCCUCCUCAUUCAAUCUGUUCUCCCCACUCCUUGUUCUCUAUGUCUGUGAGUAGAACUUCCUUGUUACCUAGGCUAAAAACUAAAAACCAGCUGUUAUCAUCAAUUUCUUCUUCUCCCAUGACCCCACAGCACAGCAAUCGGUUCCAUGCCUUGCUCUCUAUUCACCCUGGCUCAGACCAGCACUCUCUCAGCCACAGAGCUGUAUCAGCAUCCUGUCACCCUGGCCUUCAGUUUUCCUCCCCCGUCAAGCCACUGUCCACGUGGCAGUUAACUGAGUGCCACCCUGCACGGGCUCCCCAUGGGCUCAGGGUGGAAUCCGUAUUGUCCUAACAUGAUGUGUGAGGUCCUUCACACUCUGGCUGCUGCAGUCGUCACUGCUCCAUUUUCCACCAUCGUCUAGAGUGUGGCGACCUAAGCAGCAGCACACGUGUUAGCCGUGGGGAAAAUGGCACUGCUUGGAAAAAAACAGUGUGGCGUUGGA